AUGGCCCCUAAUGAGGCGGACCGGACCCUAAAGGGAAAAUCACUUAGAUCCUGGCAAUUUCUCCCUGCCGCUUUACGUUACUCUACCGUCACGUUGACCGUGCACAUUUCUCAACGCGAAAACCCCGGAGAUGAGAUGCUCCAAGCGAAAGCGGCGAUUGAUUCUGCUCCACCCUGGUGUGGCCCAGAAGUACCUGUCAGCCACGAAAAAAAUCGUAAUGGCCGAGAGCUCCAAUUCAAUCCGAAGCUUGCACAGCCGUGGCCCGUCCAAACUCAUUCGCCCAUCCACCCGUCGACCCUCACUUGCCGUGAAUCGCCGCUCAUUAACAGCCCGGCGCAUUCCAUCCCUCUCCAUCAUCACCGUCAUCCUCCUCUCGCCACUAUGCUCUCCAGUCGAUUGAUACCGCGCGCUGCAGCCAAGUCGGCUUUCAGAAAACCCUCACUCCCCGCCGUCGCACCCCAGCUCUCCAGAUGGAGCCGUGCCUACGCCUCGUCCUCUGAGGAGAACGAUCUCGUUGUCAUUGGCGGUGGCGUUGCCGGCUAUGUCGCUGCGAUCAAAGCUGGUCAAGAGGGCCUGAAGGUUGCCUGCAUCGAAAAGCGAGGUACCCUAGGUGGAACAUGCCUCAAUGUUGGCUGUAUUCCCUCGAAGGCACUCCUCAACAAUUCUCACCUUUACCACACCAUCAAACAUGAUACCAAGAACCGCGGAAUCGAUGUCUCAGACGUAAAGGUCAACCUGGAGCAGUUCAUGAAGGCUAAGGACACCGCCGUCGGCGGCCUGACUAAGGGUGUCGAAUUCCUCUUCAAGAAGAAUGGUGUCGAAUACAUCAAGGGUGCCGGCACCUUCGUCAACGAGAACGAGAUCAAAGUCUCUCUCAAUGACGGUGGCGAGACCUCUGUGAAGGGCAAGAACAUCCUGAUCGCGACUGGCAGCGAGGCUACUCCCUUCCCUGGUCUCGAGAUUGACGAGAAGCGCGUCGUCACCAGCACUGGUGCGCUCUCUCUCGACAAGAUUCCGGAAUCCCUCGUUGUCAUUGGUGGCGGCAUCAUUGGUCUGGAGAUGGCCUCCGUCUGGUCCCGUCUCGGCUCCAAGGUGACUGUUGUGGAGUUCCUCGGCCAGAUUGGCGGCCCCGGAAUGGACGCCGAGAUUGCCAAGAGCUCUCAGAAGAUUCUUAAGAAACAGGGUAUUACCUUCAAGACGGGCACCAAGGUUCUGAGCGGCGACAAGAGUGGCGAUAAGGUCAAGUUGGAGGUCGACUCUGCCAAGGGUGGCAAGCCGGAGACGCUCGAUGCCGACGUCGUCCUUGUCGCGAUUGGUCGUAGACCUUACACGGGCGGACUGGGCCUUGAGAACAUUGGUCUCGACCUCGACGAGAGAGGCCGUGUCAUUAUCGAUUCCGAGUACCGCACUAAGAUCCCUCACAUCCGUUGCGUUGGUGAUGUCACCUUUGGACCUAUGCUGGCGCACAAGGCCGAGGAGGAGGCUGUUGCUGUUGUCGAGUAUAUCAAGAAGGGCCAUGGUCACGUCAACUACGGCGUCAUCCCGUCUGUCAUGUACACCCAUCCCGAGGUUGCUUGGGUUGGCCAGAGUGAACAGGACCUCAAGUCUCAAGACAUCCCCUACCGAGUCGGCUCAUUCCCCUUCAGCGCCAACUCCCGCGCCAAGACGAACCUGGAUACUGAGGGCAUGGUCAAGAUGCUUGCUGACCCUGAAACGGACAGAAUCUUGGGAGUCCACAUCAUUGGUCCCAAUGCUGGCGAAAUGAUUGCGGAGGCCACUCUUGCUCUCGAAUAUGGAGCAUCCAGCGAAGACAUCGCCAGAACUUGCCAUGCUCACCCCACCCUGGCUGAGGCCUUCAAGGAGGCAGCUAUGGCCACCUACUCCAAGCCGAUCCACAUGUAA